AUCCCCAUGUUUUCAUUCUAAAAUUACCCGCCCUUACAAAGUUUGAACAGCCCUGUCUAAUUAAGCCUAACACAAUCACACUUUCUAUAUGUUAUGAGUGUAAAGGGGCCCACUGAUUAGAACAAAAAUUUGACAGUUCCGAACAACUGACAGGCCGAUACCGGCCGCGGCCUGUUAAUUAGUGGGCCCCUUAAGAACGUGUGCAGAUUAUUUUUAAAACCUCACCUCCUUGGGUACCUGCGUCUACCGCAGACGAGGACUGUACAAAACGAACGAAACAAACAACGAUCAUUAUAAAAAAAACAAGUUUGAAUGCCGAAAACUGUUGCGUAUAACCACUCCCGCGCAAUCGUUACACAUACAGUCAAGGCUACGGUUUAUCAAGUGACCGACGCGCGCGUCUGUUGAUCAUAUUGUUUAUACUUUAUAUCACAACAAAAUAAUAAAUAAAUAAAACUGUGAAAAAUUGUGAUAAAACGAUAAGGAUUGUUAAAAAAAAGUGAUUCAUUCCUAAGUCAUGGCACCAAACGCUGAUAAACCGACAACGGAUCGACGACAAGUCAGCUUUCCCCAUUUAGAAUACCCGGUAACGCGCGAGGAAGAGCCUAAGACUCCUCAGCAGUGGCUGAAGGGUAAGCGGCUGCAGGACGGCGCACAGGGUCUGUGGAGGAUACAUGACUCGCUAUACGACUUGACCAGUUUUGUGGACGUACAUCCUGGAGGUGCACAGUGGAUCACAGUUACUAAGGGGACUGAUAUAACAGAAGCCUUCGAAACACAUCACCUUAAAGGCCUUGCCGAAGAGUUACUACCCAAAUACUUCGUCAGAAAAACUGACGCACCAAGAAACUACCCGUUUACUUUCAUCGAAGACGGUUUCUACAAGACUCUCAAGCUAAAAGUGGCUGAAAAGAUAAAAGAAAUCCCCAAGAACGUCAGAAAGCGUAGUGACUUUGUCACCGACAACUUAUUGGCUGCUUUUGUGGCUGUCAGUUCAUUGUCAUGUUGGAUGAUGAGCAGAAAUAUUUGGGUUGGACUAGCUUUGAUCCCGGCUAGCGGUUAUCUUCUGUCAAGUCUCGUGACCUGUUCUCAUAAUUACUUCCACAGACGGGAUAACUGGAGAAUGUACAUAUUCAACCUUAUAGGAUCGUCUUAUUCAGACUGGCGCAUAUCACAUGCAAUGUCGCAUCACAUGCAUACGAAUACCGCUCAGGACAUUGAGCUGAGUGCGCUGGAGCCUUUCAUGCUGUUCUUGCCGUACAGAACCAAGUCGUUGAUCGAGCAAAUGGCUGCCUUGUAUUGGCCUGUGAUCUACUCGGUCGCGUUGGUGGUGCAAUUGGUGAAGGAAGUCAUAUGCUGCGCCGUAAACCUCGAAGGCAAGCAGUUAACGUUAGCCAACGCCAUUCCCUUCCUCGUUCCCACUUGGAUGUGGUGCUUUGGAGGUCUUCCCCUGCACUGGACGCUGGCAGUCUGGGUUGCCACGUUGCUAUUCGCCAGCUUCUUCUUCGUAAUGUUCGGACUGACUGCGGGUCACCAUGCUCAUGAGAACUUUUUCGAGGGUGACAAACCGAGGGCUGAGUACGUAGACUGGGGACUUCACCAGCUCGACACCGUGGUGGAGAGGAUCGACUACGCAGGCAACCACUUCAAGUCUCUCACGCGGUUCGGCGACCACUACCUCCACCACCUGUUCCCAACCUUGGACCACGCCGAGCUCAAAUACCUCUAUCCCGUACUUUACGAGCAUUGCAGCAAGUAUGAGGAGCAACUGCGGACCACGACUUUCUAUAAAGCUUUGAUAAGUCACUGUAAGCAGUUGAUUAGAACCACACCACAUGAUUUCACGGUGAAAAAUAGGAAGUGAAUUGGUAUAGUUGUUAUGAGGUAUGACUCUUACAUAUCUAUGGAGAAACUGAGCCGUCCGUCAAGGGGAGCAAAUGUAUGAUUAUGACAUUACAGGAUUUAGAUAUAAAUAGGUUAGAGUUAGAUAGGAUACAGGAUAUAGAUAAUGGACAGUUUAUAAAAAAAAUGCCUAUGACACUACGAAGUAAAAACUUCAAAAAGCCUGUCUUGCCUGUAGUUAUGUAUGGUUUACAAAAUAGUAUUGAAUAAAUUACUCGACAUUGACAAUAAUUCCUGAUUAAAUAUAAAUGAUUAGUAAGUACUUAGUUGACUACAUGUUUAAGAAUAUUAAUGCCUAGUCGCUAUUUAAGAUGUUCGUAUUACGAACUUUUUAGUUAACCCUUUUCAUGACAAAUUCAUAAUAUCGUAAGUCAUACAAAAAAACCGUCUGAAUUUACGCGUUAAGGGUUCCGUGCCAUAACACAAUGUUUUUUUUUAUCCUUGAGACCGACUCACGUUUCACUGUUUGUUAUUUAUUGUUUGUUAUACUCGUAAUUAAAUAUAUUGUUCUUUGUAAUCACACCAUGUGUACUAAUAGUAAAGAACUUAUCCCUUUAAGGGAUGUCUUCCAGUUAACCUUUGAGCAAUUGAGGGAGAAUUGGAGACAUCCGUACAAUACCAAAAGUGUAAAUAAAAGAAAAUAAUAAAUAAUAAUAAUAAAACGAAAAGUUUCUUAGUUAUAAUAUUGGUUAAUUUAUUAUAUAUGUAUAACCGCUCCAUGGGGAUACAAUGAAAUAAAUACUUACUAAGAUUCUUGUAUGAGUCCAUUAAUUUUUAAAUGUACCUAUUCAAUUAUUGUAUUUACACAGGCAAUAGAAAAACACAUUCUGAGAAACAAAACUAAAUAUCACUAACAUUCUUGAGACAAAUGGACGGAUAAAUAAGUUUACUGAACCCUAAGACGACCCCUUCACUUGACCCUUUGGGUACGGAACCCUAAGAAUUGAAUCAAAACAGAGAAUCUCUUAUAAGGUAAAAUUAGUUGUUAAUGCUAAAACGACAAUUUGUGAACACUUAUAUUAUAAACAUAAGCAUAAUUAAUGUUGAAUAAUGAAUAAUGUAAGUUAAUAUCAUCUUAGCCAUUAUAAUCUAGAUAUAUUCGAUGUUUUCAGCCAAAAGAUAGAAACGAUUGUUAAAUUGUUAAUUGCAAUUUUAUGGCAAUAUAUAGUGUUUUAUUGGCAGUCGACAACAAUAUACAUUUUGGUUGCAAGUAGUACAUUUAUAUUUGUCUAUGUUGCACACUAUCUUUAGGUAAUAUUAUAUUUCAUUGCUCAAACAUUACAUAUUUUUUACUAUGGCUGUGGGUUACGUGUAAUAUUGUAAUGUCAAUCGACUUUAGUAGGUACGAAUAAUAUAUUGUGAAUGAUCUCUUAUAACAUGACUAAUAAAAUGUAUUUAAAUAA